AUGGGGUCAUCCACCACACAGCAGCUCAUAUGCUAUGGUCAUGGCCAAUACUCACAUCCACCCCUGCGCCGCCUAGAAAAACUUGUGCGGGGCCAUUUUUGGGGCAGUAAGAUCCAGCCAGGAGCCCCAGAGCAAGCGCGCAGCCCGAGAGCUCGAGCCGCCUCCGCCGCGAGACCCCACCCCGGCCUGCGCCGCGAGAUCCUGCAGCCUCCCCAAGAGCGAGCCCGGCCGCUGCGACCACCAGCCGGGCUAACGGCCGACCAACCGCCACUGAGGUGCCCGAUGAUAGCAACCGCCGCCGCCACCACCACCAACCCCGCCUCUUCAGUGCCCGCCGGCAGUGAAGACUCGGAGAAAAAAGUUCUCGCCACCAAAGUCCUUGGCACUGUCAAAUGGUUCAACGUCAGAAAUGGAUAUGGAUUUAUCAAUCGAAAUGACACCAAAGAAGAUGUAUUUGUACAUCAGACUGCCAUCAAGAAGAAUAAUCCACGGAAAUAUCUGCGCAGUGUGGGAGAUGGAGAAACAGUAGAGUUUGAUGUGGUUGAAGGAGAGAAGGGUGCAGAAGCAGCCAAUGUGACUGGCCCAGAUGGAGUUCCUGUAGAAGGGAGCCGUUAUGCUGCUGAUCGGCGCCGUUACAGACGUGGCUACUAUGGCAGACGCCGUGGACCUCCCAGUAAUUACGCUGGGGAGGAGGAGGAGGAAGGGAGCGGCAGCAGUGAAGGAUUUGAGCCCCCUGCCACUGAUGGGCAGUUCUCUGGGGCCCAGAGUCAGCUGCGCCGCCCCCAGUAUCGCCCUCAGUACCGGUGGCGGUUCCCGCCUUACCACGUGGGACAGACCUUUGACCGUCGCUCACGGGUCUUUCCCCAUCCCAACAGAAUGCAGGCUGGUGAGAUUGGAGAGAUGAAGGAUGGAGUCCCAGAGGGCGCACAACUUCAGGGACCAGUUCAUCGAAAUCCAACUUAUCGUCCAAGGUACCGUAGAGGACCUCCUCGCCCACGACCUGUCCCAGCUGUGGGAGAGGCUGAAGAUAAAGAGAAUCAACAAGCGGCCAAUGGUCCAAACCAGCCAUCUGCUCGCCGUGGAUACCGGCGCCCGUACAACUAUCGGCGUCGUCCCGGUCCUCCUAAUGCUCCUGCACAAGAUGGCAAAGAGACCAAGGCAGAUGAAGUGCCAUCUGACAACCCUGCUCCAAUCACAGAGCAGACCAGUGCUGAGUAACACCAGGCUCCCCAGGCACCUUCUCCAUCGGCAGGUGACCUAAAGAAUUUAAUGAUCAUUUAAAAAAUAAAGCAAAAAGCCAACCACGACCUUACCAACACCAAAGAAACAUUGAAGCAAUAAAGUAGAAGACGAAUAACAAGAUGUGGACAUUGGAAUGUUUACUGUUAUUCUUUAC